GGGCUCAUCUUGGCCCUAGAAAUUUUGGGUGCCUCAGCUUUAAUCAACUUGGGAAAUUGCGAUGGUUUAAUUGGUGAUCUGAUUUCUCCCUUGAGAACCUACAAUCUGAGAAGUAAGCUGCCCUGGAUGGUGAAUAUCUUCUGAGGAACACAGGAACCGGGCUCAGUUAUACAUGUUUUCUUUUUCAACUGCUCCUGCCUACCUACCCUGGAGCUUGAGAGCGUGAUUCCCCCCAGCCCUUUUUUUAACCAGCCCAGCUUAUCUGUAUACAUGCAGUAUCUGGCAAAGGUGACCUUAAGCAGUGCGGCCAGGCUGGAUGCCCGGCAGGUGAACCACUAUCAACUCAAUCUGAAGCUCACAUGUAUGAAAGAAACUUUGAAUGUCCCCCUGUCGGUUGACGUGUUUAAGGCCCGUGGUCACCCCAUUUGUCUGGGCCGCUUUGCCAGCCUAGCUGGGGACAAUGUACAGGUUCUGGAGACUGUGGAACCCCAAUCUCUAAUCUAUGUGGUGCUGCUUCGCAGAGGUCUGACUGGUGUCAAGAUGGAAAUCACAAACCCUCAGAACAUCUUGGAUUUCUCUAUCAAUGAGCUAGGGCAGGUGCUGACCCCCAGCCAGGGCCUCAUUGGUAGUGCCUACAAGCACUUGCCAGGCUGAAGAUCUUGGUGAACGUGGGAUGAACAAGGCAGGAGCUGCCAGGGGACACUGAGUGAAGUUCGGCCCAAUCCCCACAACAAGGUCUCCUUCGGUGCUUAGACUUUUGGGCAUAUAUGAAUUCAGUUUCAGACCUUCAACAUCUCUGAAGACCAUAGUGCCGGUGGUGUGGUUGGCCAGGUCCGAGCCAAUGGCAGCCACGUUCGAUAUGAGAUCACUGAGCCUGUUCCCCUGCCCUUGUACUCCAUCAGUUCUGAGGAUGGACUAAUACGAACCACAACUCCUCUGGACCUGGGGCGAAAACCUGGGGCUGCGGUCACCAAGUUACAAGUGAAAGCAUAUGAUCCAUUUCAGCCUUCGAUGAGUGCCCAGCUCAGUGUCACCGUCAACGUGCAGCCCAUCAACACCUGGCCCCCUCGCUGCACUCCCGCCGCUGUGCUAGUCACCCAAGUCCCCGAGACCAUCCCCGUGGGCAGUGUCCUGAUGACUCUGACCUGCUCUGACCCGGACUCCGGCAGCACCACCUUUCAUUAUCAGCUCUGGCACCACAAUGAGACCAAAUCAAACUACAGCUUCCGCCUGCAGGGGUCCAGUCCUUCAGGUGCCAAUCCGACCUCGCUCCUGACCCAGGGGGCUCUCUGGACACCACCAGGAGGGCAUGCCAGUCCUGGGAAUCCAUUUCUGGAAUGGGACUAUGACUCAUCUGCACCCAACGUUCAGUAUAGGACCACCAUCCUGGUGACUGAUAGUGGCCAGCCCCCCCAAACUAGCAAGUGCCAUGUGCUGGUGACAGUGACACCAGUGAAUGAGUAUUCUCCAGUCUGUCCCUGCUCACACGUUCCAAAGGUCAGAGAAGAUGCUCCGCGUGGCAAGCUGGUUGGCACAGUCCUUGGCUCAGACAGUGACUAUCCACCCAACAGCAUCGAGUACCACAUCUCAGACUCACCAUCCAACUUCUACAUCGACCCUCACAGUGGCAAACUCCAUCUUCUGGCAUCACUAGACUAUGAAAAACAGAAGACGUAUAAACUGGUCAUCUUUCUGACUGAUCGAGACCAGGACCAGGAUUCCACACACCGCCGGUCAGGCUCCUGUACCAUCACCAUUGAGGUUCAGAAUGUGAAUGAGCAUGCCCCAGAAUGUGAACCCCCGUUUCAAGAGCUCACCAUCUCUUCUGCCCCAAGCACCAAUGCAGAGGUGACAAGGCUGAUGUGCUCGGACAGGGAUGUGCCAGAGAGAGCCCCAGGAACAUUCUCUUUCACCAUCAUUGGAGGAAACAGCAAUGGAAGGUUCUACAUGAAAGACAAUAUUCUACUCCACAACGUCUUUUCCUUCCAGCAUGAUGGACUCUUGGAUCCCCAUACUUAUGAGCUCCUGGUCCGUGUGACUGACAGUGGGCCUACCCUCCCCUUCUUCAGUACCACUGCCAUUGUCAUUGUUCACGUGAUUCCCUGGAUGACCACUGUGCCCACUACUAGCACAAAACCCCUAAUGAUUUCCUCACCCACACCUUUGGUAGUGACUAGCAUUGAGGACUACUGGGCUCCGGAACCUUGGUUUGUGGUUGUGUUAACAGUGACUGGGAGUUCUCCUGAUCACUGUCUUGGCUGGCUCCUUUGCAGAAGACCUAGAAGAAUGGCUCUAAGCCAGCAAACAUGUGGACAAUCCUCCCAGACUCUAUUAGUGGGACAGGUAAAGAGAAAUGAAAAUUCUACUGGUGAGCUAAGAAAAAAGAAGAAUGAUGAAGCCAGCAGCAUCCUAAGUCUGGUACUACUAAUUCUAUUUCAGUCAAAUGGAUUUGAGGGGGAGGGAAAAAGCAGCAGUUUGAUGGCAGAGCCCAGGACCCUGUUACAGGCAGAGAUUAUCUCUUCAGCAGCAACACAGGAGCACGGCGCUGGCUCUGAGGUCAAUCUCAACAGCAUGGGCAAAAGCUGUUUUAAGAAAUUAGUGGCUGUACUUUUUUGGAAAUGGGUGAGAUACAUAAAAGGGAUCUAGUCUGACUCAUUUCCCUGAAGGUCUCGCACCCUGCUGACUCCUUACUUCCGCCCAGCCCCUCCCUUCCUCUUCUCCUACCACCUGAGACCCUAA